GGAUCACGACCCGCCACCUGACGGACAAUUAACUAGGUCGGGCCGACUAGUUCGCAAGCCCACUAUUUUUGAUUUAUAGUAUGUGUAAGGCCGCCAGGGGUGCUGUGUUCAGCGUCUUCUUGGUGGCCGAUCUCGGUUAAUGUUCUUUCUUCGCAAUUGUUCAACAAGGUAGAGCAGACGCUAUAAUAAGUUGUGUCAGAGUCUGAAUAAAAGCUAGAGAAUCAGCAACAAUUUACCUGAGUCAAGUGUCUUCAAAUCAGUAAUUACUUAUCAGAAUUCUGUACAACUCGAUUAAGUAACACUGCUAAUAGGUCAAGCCACGCUACAGUCGUGUCAAAGAAAGAGUGUUGAGCACCUUGCUUAGUCUAAAAGCUGAAUUCAGCCACUCCAGGGAUGUACCCGAGAAGAACUCCAAUUAGUCAUGAAGUAUCUCAGCGUAUCAAUUAUCUCAACAGAAUCAGAAGACUUGGGGCAUAUCAUGCUCGCAUCAAAUUUGGUGAAUUUGGCCCAAGUCUCACCGAACCUGUAGAACCUGAAUACAGGCCAUUGCCCCACGGUGUAACAAUUGAUGCAAAACUAGGUGCCUACGAAGAAGGUUUCUAUAGCAUUGCAAUCAAGUAUCUUCCCCGUGACGAAGCUGUUGCCAUCACCAACAUCAGAGUGAAUGCUGACUAUAGAAGAUACCUAAACUUCCUGAGAGGAUUACCGACUCGUGAGCCAACGCCAAGAGAACAAAUUCAUCCAGAGAUUCCCUUGCCAGCUGUGCUCCAGCACCCAACACCACGUGAACCAGACUACGGAAGCACUCCGAUUGCAAGGUUUUACGGGUACCAAGGACCUAGAAGCCAUCCGAGGUCGCGUGGUCAAUCUACCGUUGCAGAGCAGUCAACAUCUCUAGCAACCAGGAACGUGGUCGUUCGCAGCCUUCUCGAAAACGAAAGAAGAAGAGAGGCUGAGGUUAUUGAACAAGAAGUCGGUGCAGAAGAAACUGAAGACAUCACUGAAGUGGAGACCAAUUUUUCGAUCAGAACAAACGAUUCUGAGACUAUCAUUCAAGAAGAAAGUGAAGUAGAGGAGACAGUGAAAGGAGAGAGUGAAGAAAGCGGUUCGACCACAUCUGAGGAAUUCAUCUUGUCCAUCAACGAACGAGAAUUUUGAAAAACCUCAGCGAAUUCGCUCAAGAAGAGGCUUCAUUUUUUGUUUUAAGUUCCCUUCGUAUUAUGUUAAACUAAGAUCUUAGCCAUCUAGUGGUAACAAACAAAUUUUUUGUAACUCGACGAAUACGUCAAUAGACUGGUUUUCAACAAG